UCCCAUCUGCUUUUUUGAAUUUUCGUUGGCUGUGCGCAAUAUAUAUUAGCUAUUGUGUAUUGUGAUUCAUUUACAGUCACAUUUACGUUUACGUAAACCGGUCAUUCUAGAAAGUUCGCUCGAAAGGACGCUCUCACAGUUUUUAUUCUUACGCAGUUAAAGCCAUAAUGCCUGUGCCAGCUCUUCAAAAACCUGCUCCAGCCUUCAAAGGCACCGCUGUUGUCAAAGGACAAUUUAAAGAUAUUUCAUUAUCAGAUUACAAAGGAAAAUAUGUUAUUCUCUUUUUCUAUCCAUUGGAUUUUACUUUCGUUUGUCCAACAGAAAUUAUUGCAUUCUCUGACCGUGCUAAUGAAUUCCGGGCUAUUGGAUGUGAAUUAAUUGCCGCAUCAUGUGAUUCUCACUUCAGUCAUCUUGCUUGGAUCAAUACUCCCCGAAAACAAGGAGGAAUAGGUGACAUGGACAUUCCUCUGUUGGCUGACAAAAGUUGUAAAAUCGCUCGUGACUACGGCGUUCUGGAUGAAGAGUCUGGUAUUCCAUUCCGAGGACUUUUUAUCAUUGAUGAUAAGCAAAAUCUUCGCCAAAUUACAAUCAACGACUUACCAGUUGGCCGAUCUGUCGAUGAAGCUCUGCGCUUAAUCCAAGCAUUCCAAUUUACUGACAAACAUGGUGAAGUUUGCCCUGCUGGUUGGAAGCCUGGACAGAAAACAAUGAAACCAGAUCCCGUUGGAUCCAAAGAAUAUUUCUCCAGUUCUUAAAUCAUCAGUUUUCUUUUUUGCGUUCCAAUUUUUGCAUAAAUAAUUUUUUUUCUGCACUUUUUUUUUUAUUAGAAUAUCAUUUUAGUUAUCUUUAACUGAAGAGAUUAACUCGUUUUGUUUAUUUUAUAUGGGUUUAUAUUAAUUAUUCUCAUAGCAUUAAUUGUUGAACAAUUUUCUAUGUGUAUUUUCCACUGAGAAACCAAUAAAUUGGUAAUUUUCAAAAUAAAA